UCAUUGGCUGACGUUCAUCACAUAAUCUCAAUUUCGGCUUUGAAAAUCAUAUUUUCCUGUCCAAGAAACGUGAAUUUGAGAUAAACAAACGUGAUAUUUAAUUUAGCUACAAACCGUUCGAAUGUAGCUGGUGGUCGUCACAUACAUUUGGCUAUGGCGAAAUGCGUGGUUCUGGGGUAUCUGAAUCGAAGCGACAAUCAUAAAUGAGCGUUUCCGAAUCGACCUAAGAGGUUUUGACAUUUUCCUAAGGACCAGACUCGAAUAGAAGUGUGCCUUGCUGCCCUGCGAAAGACGGAAAAGUAGGAUUCAACGGAGGAGCACAUCAUAUGUGAAAAACACUUUCUGACAGACCACAUACCUCCACUUGCAAUAAGCGAUGAUGCCAUUCCUAUCAUGCCACCAUACCUCGACGAAGAUGUUGCAACGGCUAAGCACGGGAGGAUACGCUCAUGAUUACUUUGAUUGAUAGCUUUCUUAUCGCAAUGAUUGUAGUCGUUGUUUUUCGUAAUCCCUGUCUACAUAUAUUUUAUUUACAGAAUGUUGAAGAAGAAUAUGAUGAGCCAGCACGAGACAGAACCAUCUGCAUCUAUGUAAGUCUAGGUCCUGUGAACUGGUUGAAAGCACCAAGACAAAGACAAGACAAGGAUCUGUCCCUGGCUCUGUUGACCAAGAAGUUCCUAAGGCUAUUGCGUGGCAUCCAUCAUGGUUUCAUAGACCUUAACCUCGCGGCAAAGAACCUCAUCACAAGCAAACCGAGGGUCUAUGACCUCACCAACUGCCUGGAAGGGACCAACCUUAUUCAGAAACAAGAUCAAGUGGUUAGGUCCGUGUCCAGUCACCAGUUUUGUGGGGCCGAAGCAGAGGUUUUAGUGGGAGCUGCAGAACCUGAAGACGGUGGAGGAAAGUCUAGAUGAGCUCAUCAAGACCUGUGCACAGCAGCUCUUUGACAUGACGGACAGCCUAGACAACAUAGAAUAUCCUUUUAGAACAUAAACACUGUAAAAAAAAAACUGUUGGUCACUAAAUCCGUCUAGAAGGACCAUGUAAAAGUGGUCGGAUGGUAGGACCUCGCUCGUCUGAGCGGUGGGCUGUGAAUGACCUCACCUGUCUGAGCGGUGGGCUGUGAAUGCACUCGCUCGUCUGAGCGGUCGGCUCUGAAUGCACUCGCUCGUCUGAGCGGUCGGCUCUGAAUGCACUCGCUCGUCUGAGCGGUCGGCUGUAAAUGCACUCGCACGUCGGAGCGGUCGGCUCUGAAUGCACUCGCACGUCGGAGUGGUCGGCUCUGACUGCCCUCGCCCGUCGGAGUGGUCUGCUGUGAAUGCCCUCGCCCGCUGGAGUAGUGUGUCUCAGGGGAGUAGGUGGGCCGACUCUGGGAGAACCAGUAAUGAUUGUGCUCCCGUGAAGGUGAUGAUGGCUUUAGCCGGAGGUGCCUAGAGUUGUGGAGGUCAAGAAUGUAGCAGCUGUACCGGUGCUCCCUCGGCAGUGACUGAGGCCGGGGGGGCCAAGAGUUGUGGAGGUCAGGAAUGUAGCAGCUGUACCGGUGCUCCCUCGGCAGUGACUGAGGCCGGGUGGGCCAAGAGUACUCCCUCCUGAUCUCUUGCUGCUUGUGACGUAGGUACUCGUAUUCCCUCAUCACCUCACAACUGGUGAGUGUGUGGUCACACUCUGACCACUGAGGAGGCCUGGAGCAGGGCUGGUAGUCUCUUAGAUGAGUGGUGUGUAGGGCCUUGCAACUCAUCUUCCUCCGGUGCAUGACGGCUUUGUGUGUCAGAGUGGGCUGAGGUGGGUGGUGACAGCAGCCCCAUACGUCGUAGAGAUGCAGGAUAACUCGUCUGCAUCCUGGGGCGUGGAAACGACUCCUCUUCUGGGUACUUCAAUAUCUCAACUAUAGCAGGUCAGAAUCUGGUGAUACGAAGGACAAGUUAGAAGGACCAUGUAAAAACGGUUGACUGGUAUGCCCUCCCCCAUCUGAGCAGUCGGCUAUGAAUGCCCUCACCCGCUACACAGGGCAUUCGGAAAGUAUUCACAACCCUUCCCUUUUUCCACAUUUUGUUAUGUUACAGCCUUAUUCUAAAAUAGAUUUUGUUUAAUGGUUCCUCAUCAAUCUGCACACAAUACCCAAUCAUGACAAAGCGAAAACAGUUGCAAAUGUAUUAAAAAUAAAAAUAGAAAUUCCUUAUUUACAUAAGUAUUCAGACCCUUUUAUGUGACUCUAAAUUGAGCUCGGGUGCAUUCUGUUUCUAUUGAUCCUCCUUGAGAUGUUUCUACAACUUGAUUGGCGUCCACCUGUGAUUUAAUUAAACUGAUUGAACAUGAUUUGGAAAGGCACACACCUGUCUAUAUAGUAGACAGUGCAUGUCAGAGCAAAAACCAAGACAUGAGGUCAAAAUAAUUGUCCUUAGAGCUCCGAGAUAGAUCUGUGCCUCGACACAAUCCUAGGGAAGGGUACCAAAACAUGUCUGCAGCAUUGAAGGUCCCCAAGAAUACAGUGGCCUCUAUCAUUCUUAAAUGGAGGAUGUUUGGAACCACCGAGACUCUUCCUAGAGCUGGCCACCCAUCCAAACUAAGCAAUCUUUGGAGAAGGGUCUUGAUCAAGGAGGUGACCAAGAACCCGAUGGUCACUCUGUGGAGAUGGGAGAACCUUCCAGAAGGACAGCUAUCUCUGCAGCACUCCACCAAUCAGGCAUUUGUGGUAGAGUGGCCAGACAGAAGCCACUCCUCAGUAAAAGGCACACGACAGCCCGCUUGAAGUUUGCCAAAAGGCACCUAAAGGACUCAUAGCAUGAGAAACAAAAUUCUCUGGUGUGAUGAAACCAAGAUUGAACUAUUUGGCCUGAAUGCCAAGUGUCACGUCUGGAGGAAAGCUGGGUCCAUCCCUACGGUGACGCAUGGUGGUGGCAGCAUCAUGCUGUGGGGAUUUAUUUUUAACGGCAGGAACUGGGUGACUAGUCAGGAUUGAGGGAAAGAUGAACAGAGCAAACUACAGAGAGAUCCUUGAUGAAACCUGCUCCGGAGCGCUCAGGACCUCAGAUUGGGGUGAAGGUUCACCUUCUAACAGGAUAACGACCCUAAGCACACAGCUAAGACGAUGCAGGAGUGGCUUCGGGACAAGUCUUUGAAUAUCCUUGAGUGGCCCAGCCAGAGCCCGGACUUGAACCUGAUUGAACUUCUCUGCAGAGACCUGAAAAUAGCUGUGCAGCUAUGCUCCCCAUCCAACCUGACAGAGCUUGAGAGGAUCUACAGAGAAGAAUGAGAGAAACUCCCCAAAUACAGGUGUGCCAAGCUUGAAGCGUCAUACAAAAGAAGACUUGAGGCUGUAAUCGCUGCCAAAGAUGCUUCAACUGUAUCCUCUUUAAUUGCCUCUGCACAUUUGUAUUCAUGACCCACCGAGACAUCAGUGGUGUAUCAAGGUGUUCCAGGAGCAGACGGUCGUUGCCAUUAAGGCCCUGGAGAAGACCAAGCUGGAGCUGCCCACACCCAAGGAGAACGGCAUCUAGAUCCACCUGAAGGGAGGCAGGGGACCAAUCAAAGUGUUGACCUGUGAGCUGGGCGGGCCUCAGUGUAACACACAGGGAAGUAGAAAGACCAGACUUUCUGGUUUUGGAGGAGAGAUCAUGCUUCUGCACACAGGUUCUAGAUGUAGACAGAGGAGUACUUCACAAGAUCAAGAAGUCUGUCAAGGCCAUAAACAUCUCUGGCCUGGCCCACGUUGACAAUGAGGAGCAGUACAUUCAGUCUAUGGAGAAGUUCGGAGACAACUGUGUCUCAAGAGAGGAUCCGGAAGUGGGCUCAGCCUUCCUCAAGUUCGCCAUCUUUACCAAAGAGCUCACAGCCCUCUUCAAGAACCUGUUGCAGAACAUGAACAACAUCAUCACCUUCCCCUUAGACAGUCUACUGAAAGGAGACCUGAAAGGGGUCAAAGGGGACCUUAAAAAGCCUUUUGAUAAAGCCUGGAAGGAUUAUGAAACUAAAGUCACUAAGAUAGAGAAGGAGAAGAAGGAGCAUGCGAAGCAGCAUGGGAUGAUACGGACAGAGUUCAGUGGAGGAGAGAUCGCUGAGGAGAUGGAGAAGGAGAGGCGCCUCUUUCAGCUCCAGAUGUGUGAGUAUCUUCUCAAAGUGAAUGAAAUUAAAACGAAGAAGGGGGUCGACUUUCUCCAGAACCUCAUCAAAUAUUUCCACGCCCAAUGCAACUUUUUCCAGGAUGGUCUGAACACAGUGAAUAGCCUCAAACCUUCCAUAGAGAAACUGGCUACAGACUUUACUAUAAUCAAACAGACCCAAGAUGGAGAGAGGAAACAGCUUAGUGAGCUCAGAGACGUUCUCAAGUCCUCCCUACAGUCUGAACAGAAAGAGGAUACCCAGGCCAAGCAGACAGGAUACAGCCUUCACCAGCUCCAGGGGAAUAAGGCCCACGGUACAGAACGCUGCGGAAUGCUGUACAAGAAGAGUGAGGGUCUCAGGAAGGUGUGGCAAAAGAGGAAGUGUUCGGUGAAGAGCGGGUUCCUGACUAUCUCCCAUGGAACGGCUAACACACCACCAGCCAAACUCAACCUGCUUACCUGUCAAGUGAAGCGUAACCCGGACGAGAAGAAAAGCUUUGAUCUCUUCUCACAUGACAGAACCUAUCACUUUCAAGCUGAGGAUGAGGCAGAGUGUCAGAUAUGGAUCUCAGUCCUGCAGAACAGUAAGGAGGAAGCCCUGAACGAUGCCUUCAAAGGAGACCAGGACGAGGGAGGGGAGAACAACAUAGUCCAGGAGCUGACCAAGGCCAUCGUCAGCGAGGUCAAGAGGAUGAGCGGCAACGAUGUGUGCUGCGACUGCGGAGCGCCCAAUCCAACCUGGCUCUCCACUAACCUGGGAGUGCUCAUCUGCAUCGAGUGUUCUGGAAUCCACAGGGAGAUGGGUGUCCACUACUCUCGAAUACAGUCUCUCACACUGGACGUCCUGGGAACCUCAGAGCUCCUGCUGGCUAAGAAUGUAGGGAACGCAGGUUUCAAUGAGAUCAUGGAGGCGGACCUGUCUGCACAGAGCGUGACUAAACCCAACCCCUCCAGUGACAUGCAGACGAGGAAGGACUACAUCACAGCCAAGUACACGGAGAAGCGUUUUGCUCAGAGGAAGUGUGUGGACGUGGCGUCUAGGCUGCACGUCCUGUGUGAGGCAGUGAAGACCCGAGACAUCCUCUCUCUCAUCCAGGUCUAUGCUGAAGGAGUGGACCUGAUGGAGACCAUCCCGCUGGCCAAUGAGCAUGAACCGGGUGAGACAGCACUACACCUAGCAGUACGAAUGGUGGACCGCAACUCCCUCCAUAUUGUGGACUUCCUGGCCCAAAAUAGUGGGAACUUGGAGAAGCAGACAGCCAAAGGGAGCACGGCACUGCACUACUGCUGCCUGACCGACAACAGUGAGUGUCUCAAACUGCUACUGCGGGGCAGGGCCUCAGUCAGUAUUGCCAACGAGGCAGGAGAAACACCAAUGGACAUCGCCAAGCGCCUCAAACAUACGCAGUGUGAGGAGCUGCUGACCCAGGCCGAGACGGGGAAGUUCAACGUCCACGUGCAUGUGGAGUAUGAGUGGCGGCUCAGCAACGACGACAACCUGGACGAGAGCGAAGAUGAGAUGGAGGACAAGCCCAUCCCCUACAGACGGUCAGAGCAGGAACGUCCUGUCAGCUGUUUCGUCCCGAGCAGUGGUCUCAUGGGUCCAAUGCCAGGUGGUCCCAACAUGGCCUCCCUGGCCCGUGACGCAGCCAGCCUGGCCAGAGACAAGCAGAGAGCCCAUCUCCCCAGCAUGAUGAUGAACAACGAGACCUAUGGCACCAUUCUGGAACUCAGCCCCCCUCCCUCCGGCGUGCCAGCGUUACCGGUGGUACCCACCCCUCACCUUCCCCCCAGGACAGCCACCAAAGGUCCACGGUGGAAGCAGGCUCCUAUGGAGGGGGUGGGUAGACAGAGGUCCUCCUCAGACCCCCCAGACCCUCACACCCCAGACCCCAACAGCUCCAUGUAUGUGCUUCCUCCAACUGCUCCCCCUCCCCCUGUGAACAAGAGGACUAAUGUGAUGGAGCCUAGAGGCCAUAAGACUGGUCCUCUACCACCUUUACCUCCAGUAUUACCUGGGCCUCCAGUGCCAACGGUCAUCCCAGGAGCACCAGUCCAACCAACAGCACCCCCCUUCAAACCCACACAGCCCCCUCCUGUCCCCGCACACCAUCCCAGCAGGAGAGCCACAGGGCCCAAGUCACCUCAAUCACAGACUAGUUCAGAUAAACCCACUCCUAAAGGACCUCCCACCAGGACUGCUGGACCAACUGAUGGACCAGUACAGGCUGCUCCUGUACCUGGCUCCCCUCACAGCCUUAGUCCCACCCCCCCAACACUGAAGCCCCGCACCAACCACCCUAAACAGAAACCCAAGAGAGUGAAAGCCAUCUAUAACUGUUCUGCUGAUAACUCAGAUGAGUUAACUUUCACAGAGGGAGAGGUGAUCGUAGUGGAUGGAGAGGAGGACCCGGAGUGGUGGUUUGGACAUAUAGAGGGGGAGCCGACCAGGAGAGGGGUCUUCCCUGUGAAAUUUGUACACUUCAUCACUGACUGAUGCAUCUGAUGGUGUGACCGAAGCUGUCUCUCGCCUCUAGGCUGUCUUUAUCUAUGGCUGUAUCAGAAGAGGCUGGUGGGAGGAGCUAUAGGAGGGCAGACUCAUUGUAAUGGCUAGAAUGGAAUUGAUGGAACAGAGUCAAGCAUGUGAUUUCCAUAUGUUUGAUACUGUUCCAUUUAUUCCAUUCCAGACAUUAUAAUAAACCCGUCCUCCUACAGCUCCUCCUACCAGCCUCCACUGGUCUUUAUGUGAGACUGUGAGUGAAAAAGAUGUAGAAUGUGCACUGUGUGUAUGAUGUUAUUCUCAUGCAUCCAAACAUCAAAAGAAAAUGUCUGCUUCCCAAAUAGUACCCUAUUCCCUACAUAGUGCACAACUUUUGACCAGAGUCCUAUGGGUCCUGAUCAAUGGUAGGGCACUGUAUAGGGAAUGUAUAAUAACAGAAUGUUAGAAUGUUCUACAAUUAUGGAAAAUGUGUGACAAACUAUGUAACAACAUUAACCAAAUAAGAGGCAAGGAGAAAACUGUUCAGCCCGCACCCCAAGUGUUGAGAAACUUCAGUUUGUUGGGACAACUGGAAAUAACUGGAGAAAGAUUCUGGUUAGACUAUGGCUAGAAUUCAAUCCAAUCGUACUUCGUCCACAAUGUGCAUUUUAAAGGCAAUGUUCCCUCGUUCGCGGAGACCACAUUCAUGGUAUACGCUGCACAUGUCGGCUUAAUCAAAGAUGACCUUAAAAUGGUGUGUUGUCCCUCAGAUCCAGUAAUGUGUAUUGUGUUAUUAACUCAAUGGGUAUUGAAAGAGUAAACUCAUAAUGUAAUAAAACAUAUUGUACAGACAUUCAAAGUUUUCUACAUAUUACAUAGUCAUUAAACUGCUGUGAAUCACAAACACUUACCACUGUGCAUGGUCAUCACUGACCACCUCUGCUGAUGGGAAACUGAUAUGUUUGAUCCUAACAUAGAAAAACAUCUAAUUUAUCAAGAAAGCAUUUGUGAAUAUAUAUCAUGCUAUCGAAAGGGUUACAGGGUAACUCUGUAUGUACAUUGUUGUAGCUGUACAAUGAUCUUCCCUCUUGUUCUUUACAAGGUCAUUAAAACAUGAAAUGGC